CAUUAGGGUGAAUACAUCUAGGAUUGAAUUUGAUUCCGCGAUUGUUCAAGCCAAUGACAUGAUCUUGUUAAUCGAUUGACACAGGCUAAACAUUCUGGCACGACUAGAAAAUUUUUAGAUCUAUAAAGAAUUUAUAAAUCGGAUAUUUGACGAUUAUCCUGAGACUGACUACUCAAGUAGUGCGUGAUGUUGUCCGAAAUGCGCUCCGUAGUGAGGGACACGUGUGCCAAAGAGUUUUGUCGUGCGAUCGUCGAGCUUUAGUGCAUCCGCAGAGUCACUCACGAAAUCUUUAACCGACGGGGGUGGUGAUCCCGACUCGAAGCAAUCCCCGGGGAGGUUCUGCUGAGCGAGUUUCCAACAAUGGAUUCCCAGCAGCUCGUUGACACGGCUUCGCAGAAUAGUCAAGACAUCGUUUUACCAAAACCGGCCAGCAGUACACCGCGACACAGCAUCGACGCGAUCCUCGGAUUGGCCAGCCAUAAAAGGACUCAUCAGGAAAUGGAGGACACUAGUCGCGACACGCAGGAAAAUACCGGUGAGAACAGCUGCAACUCCACCGGCGGCGGUAGUGACGAGGAACUCGGCGCAGGCUGCGGGGAGGACAUAAACGGUAACGGGGGCAAGAAGAAACAUCGUCGCAACCGGACUACCUUCACGACUUACCAACUGCACGAGCUCGAGAGAGCGUUCGAGAAGUCCCACUAUCCGGACGUCUACUCCAGGGAGGAGCUCGCCAUGAAGGUGAACCUCCCGGAAGUUCGUGUUCAGGUCUGGUUCCAGAACAGGCGAGCCAAGUGGCGUAGACAGGAAAAAAUGGAGGCUGCGAGACUGGGUUUGAGCGAAUACCAUCACGCUGCUAAUAUGAGGAAUGUUGCCGGUCCAGCUCUAGGUCUGCCAGGGGAUCCUUGGCUUGCGCCGCCAGGAUUGCUCAGCGCACUUCCCGGUUUCCUCGCUGCACCUCAUACGGGGUAUCCCAGUUAUCUGACGUCUCCCAGGCGAUUACCAUCACCGCCAAAUGUCGGUGCUGUGCCCAACCCCGUUCCAGGCUCGCUAGCCAGCAGUAUGGCGAGCAUAAGUGCCGGCGGCCACGUGCAACCACCACCGCCGAGUCCGCCGGGACAUGAUCCGCGUACCUCGAGUAUCCAAGCGCUCAGGAUGCGGGCCAAGGAACACGUCGAGAGCAUCACGAAAGGUUUGCAGAUGGUCUGAAGGUUAACUGAAGAUACGCCAAUAGUGCGCACCGCUGCCAGCCGUCCUGGCCUCGUGCUUGUGACGGCGUGACGAGUAAGCGAACAAUCUUUCGCCCAAAGACAUUCUAGAUCAGGCGAAAGUCGCUUGAGCAGUGCGAGCGAUAUAUCGAACGACGAGAGCGAGUUCGUUCCGUGAUAGAGGGAAAAAUCACCGACGGUGCUGGAUGUGACGAAAGUACAAGAAGCUAGGCAAAAAAAGAAAGCGAUCGUCCGUUUGUGUGUAUGUGUGAAUGUGUGCUAGGGAGUGAACCUGAUUGAAAAAGGAUCUUGUUCUUGGUACCAGUAGUUACCAAUGUGGAUGAUCUAAUGUACGUUGGUGACGUGUUAAAUCAAAGAGAUUAAUAUUGCGACUGUCGACGAUCGGUGGGUAUAUUUUCGACGAUUAUAGAGACUAUCUAUAUGAUAAUUGACAGAUAUCUAUGAUCAGUGAGUAUGUGUUCAUGAUUGAGACACACAAUGGGCUAAUUAUUAAUGGGGUUAAUUAUCAACCUGGGAAAUUGAGUUUUUAUCUGACACAGCACGGAAAGCGUAAAAUAUGUCUAAGAGAUUAAGGCAUUUCUUAGACGUUUGUGUUAUUUGUGAUGUUUUUGAUGUAACAAUAUCGACGGUAGUCACUAAAUAGCCGGCUAAUAAAGACUACGUUUUCAGUCUAGCGCAAAAUUUUCGGGCAUUUUUGCACUCGUAUAAAAAAAUUUGCUCGGGACUCGCUCCAAGUCGGCAUUGUGCAAUAGACAAAAGGAAUUGUGUUGCGCAAACUUGUUGCAUAGCUGAAGUGAAGGCAAAGACGAUCAGUUUUGAUCAACUUGCCAUUAUUAUUCAAGAUACGUUUAUUACAAAUAUUUGUGUGUCGAGUCUUACGCUAAAUUAUUUUUCAAAUUGUGAAUAGAAAAUGACAGAUUUUGCCAUAAAAGUUACGCGAAUAGUUUUUAAAGAGCAUAAAUAUUUGACUUAAGGUCGAUUAUGUAUUACGUAUACAUAUAUGACUUUAUAUAUUGUCGAGAGAUCUAGGUGUACAUUAUUUAAUUUUAUAAAGCAAUAUAACGCCAGGCACAAAUGUGCUGGUGUCAACCGUCACGAGAGUAAAUAUACAUAUAAUAAAUUUUUCAAAUUUAUUUUUAAGUAUUAUUAACUUUUCAUUAAUUCACUAAUACGUGAUUGAAGUUACAAUUAGAAAACUGCAGGACAUCGAUUUCAAGAUGCAGUGUGCGGCAUUAUUCGGUAACAUCACAAACACCGUUACUCGAUGCUAAUAAUUGGUACAUGGAGAAAUUGGUACUAACGAUGAUAUCUUUCAUAAAAUACUUAUAUCAUUUUAUGGCCAUCGAGUACGUGGACAAAAGUCAACUAUGAUGAAACGUGAACUAUUAAUUUAUGUGUGCGAUAUUUAAAUUAUCACUUACGUACGUAGAUCAU